AUGAGUCACUUAAUGAACUUGCCGAUACUUUUGCUGAAGGAGGGAACUGAUACUUCCCAAGGACAAGCUCAAAUUGUCAGCAACAUAAACGCCUGUCAAGCAAUUGUAGACUGUGUCAAAACAACUCUAGGUCCGAGAGGAAUGGAUAAGCUGAUUCACACAGAGCGUGACGUGACGAUCACGAACGAUGGAGCGACAGUUUUGAAGCUUCUGGACGUUACACAUCCGGCGGCCUCAGUUUUGGUCGAAAUCGCGAAGUCACAAGACGAGGAGGUGGGAGACGGAACGACCUCAGUGACGAUCCUAGCAGGCGAGCUGUUGAACGAAGCUAAAAAGUUUGUACUUGAUGGAAUUAACCCACAAGUGAUAAUUAAGUACUACAGGGAAGCCUGUAACGUAAUUUUGGACCUGCUGGACAAGGUUUCAAUUAACCUGUCGGAAAAAUCAGCAGAGGAGAGGAAGGAGUUGCUAAUAAAGUGUGCUGAAACCACGUUGAACUCGAAGCUGCUGUCAGGAUACAAGAGGUUUUUUGCAGAAAUGGUGGUGGAGGCAGUGGGACUGCUGGGAGAAGAUUUGGACGACAGCCUCAUAGGAAUCAAGAAGGUGACCGGAGGCUCGUGCGAAGACUCGAAGCUGAUAAGAGGAGUGGCCUUUAAGAAGACGUUUACGUACGCAGGAGCGGAGCAGCAGCCAAAAAAGUUUGUAAACCCAAAGAUACUGCUCUUAAAUUUGGAACUGGAGUUGAAAUCAGAAAAGGAAAAUGCAGAAGUAGUAGUUAAUAAUCCACAAGACUAUCAGAGCAUAAUAGACGCGGAGUACAGAAUCAUAUUUGAGAAGCUGGAAAACGCAGUGAAGCUGGGAGCAAAUGUGGUACUGUCAAAGCUACCAAUAGGAGACAUAGCGACGCAAUACUUUGCAGGUACAACCACUACUGUUAUUAGUAACAUUGGUAUUAGUACUGAUAGUAUUAUUGAUACUGCCAUUGAUACUACUCGUAUUAUUACUACUACUACCACUAUUACUACUAAUACUGCUAUUACUACUAAUACUGUUAGUACUAUUAGUACCACUAUUACUAAUAUCAGUACGACUAGUACUAAUAUCAGUACGACUAGUACUAAUAUCAAAAAAGGAAUAUUUUGCAAUGGAAGAGUUGAAGAAGCUGACUUGAUAAGGACUAGUAAGGCAACAGGAGCGUCAAUACAAACAACGCUUAAUAACCUGUCAACGGAAGUGCUAGGUAGGUUACUAAAGACAAAUAUGGUUACCAGAAGUGGAAGAUGCGACACGUUCGAGGAGGUGCAAGUGGGAGGAGAACGCUACAACGUGUUCACAGGGAGUACAGGAACGUGCACAAUCAUACUGAGAGGAGGAGCACAGCAGUUCAUAGAGGAGUCAGAAAGGUCACUGAAUGACGCACUCAUGAUAGUGAAAAGAGCAACCAAAUCAAACUCAGUGUUACCAGGAGCAGGCUCAACGGAGAUGCUACUGUCGACAUACCUGUACGACUAUUCACUACACUCAAUAGCACCGAACGUCCUCAGCAGUAAAUUAAAUGGAGUGACAAGUGGAGUAGCAAGUGGUGUAACAAAUGGAGUAACAAGUGAAUCAGUAAAUGGUGUUAAUACUGGUGAUAGUGCCACCGCAACUACUACUGCCAACAACAGUAGUAAUUCCAACAUUACUAUGAACAAUACUGAUACAGUAAGUAAUACCACUGUCACCAAAAAUGCCACUACGGAAGCACUCGAUAAAAAAAGUGGAAUUGCUGGAAAGAAGCACCUGAUAGUAAACGGGUUCGCAAGAGCUCUGGAGAGUAUCCCGAGAAACCUAGCAGCAAACUCAGGGUACAACCCGAACGAUAUUCUGACACAGCUGAGGUCAGAGUACAAUAAACUGAGUCUGUACAACACGCUUAGCAGAGGAGACACUGAAGUCAGCGGAGCCUUAACCGCUGGGAGCUGGUUCGGAGUGGACUGCAGAAACGGAAAGGUGUGCAACCCCUACAAGGAGUGCAUCUGGGAGCCCAGCCUCGUAAAAAAAAACUCAAUCUACUCAGCGACUGAAGCAGCCUGCCUAAUCCUCUCAAUAGAUGAAACAGUAAAGCAUCAACCGAGGCAGCAGCCAACACAGUAA